AGGCGACGUCGCGGUGGGAUUUGGACAACAAACGUGAGACGUUGGUGUUGGUGCUUAUGCUGGGAAAUUUCCUCUUUUGGACUUGAGACCACACAGUGUUCGCCUCCUUUUGCUACAAUAUUGCGCUUCGACCCGUUCAACCAAUGAAUCCAUUAAUUCGACGGAGACUUCCUGCGUCCGUGAGGAGUCUUCUGACAGACAUCGGUCCGAAGGAGGAGUGGACUGACACAGAGCCCGACGCAGUGGCCCGAGACGGGGUUCUGCUCCCGUCCAGAGGCGCUGCUUCCGGGCAAGAGGAGUUUCUCAUGCCAGCCAAGACCCAAGAGGAGGCAGCAGUGGAGGGCAGCAACGCCAGAAGGAGUGCAGUCUGCAUGCUGUGCAAAUGUAAGCCCUCUUGUUACACCUGUCCUCGGUGUAACCUGCAGUACUGUGGCUUGGCUUGCUACCAGAGCCCAGAUCACUCCGUGUGCUCUGAGGAGUUUUACAAGGAGUCUGUUCUGCAGGAGCUGAAGGAUAUGGGGAAAACAGAAAGUGAAGGGAGAAAUAAAAUGCAGGAGAUCCUUGUGGGACUCAGACAAAAGGCGGAAAAGACAGAUGGGGGGAUGGAAAGUGUGUUAAAGGACGCUGGUGUUUUUUCAGAAGACACGGAUGAAGGGGAAGCGAUGGAGAACGUGCAGGUUGUGGAGCUCCUGUCCAGGUUAGCAGAGCUUCAACAGUCAGGGGGAGAGAGUGAACCAGAGAUUGAGGCCAUUUUGAGAAAACUUGAAGAGAUAGGAGGAGGGGAGCCGCUGCAUGGAGACACGGAUGAGGGCGCUGAAGGUGCAGAAGGGGAGCUGGACUUGGCUGAUCGACUCUCGGGGCUGGACAUUGACACGCUUUCCGAGGAGGAGCUGUGGGAAGUUCUUAAUAGUAAAGAGAAAGAAGUGUUUAUGGGUCUGAUGAAGGGCGGAGCGCUUGGCGAACUGAUUCCCCUGUGGAAGCCGUGGUGGGAGGAGCAUGAGGAUAGAGGGAGAGCACUGGUGGAGGUGCUUGAGGAGGAAGUAAGCAAACUGGAGAGUGAAAAUUCAACAAUUGUAGCCGAACAGGAUGCUGAUGAAGUGGUUCAGAAUCGGAGCAAAUCUCCUACAAAGUUGAGAACGAUUAAAGGGGGAAACGAAAUGGACACAAGCAAGGAAAAGGGAAGUUCAGCCGUUCUCAGUGUCCCUCAAAUUUCUGCAAAAAUCCCCAAAUUGACAUCCUUAUGUGCAAACCCAUCUCCGCUUGUGUGCUAUGGUUUGGUAAAUGCGCUUUUUGGCUACACCUGCACCCUGUGCCUGUUUAACAAUGACACCGAUUCACUGAUGUUUGAGUUCUGUGACAUGAUUCUUGCUUUGUCUGAGGCACUGGACUCAAGCAGGGUGUUCAACUCUCUCCAAGAGGCCUUAGACUGUGGAGAAACUCUCAUUUUGAGUGGCGGUUACCUGGACAAGGAGGAUCCUCUUGCCCCGGCCAGGGCGGUGGAAGCCGUGGCUCACAUCGCGACCGGCCGAGACCGAAAGGAUGCGACGGGAUACUGCCUGGCAGCCUUGAGUCAGCUUCGCUCAGUGCUCUCCCAGGCCAGAGCAGCUCUUUCUAAAGAGGGAGAAGAAGGAGCAAAGAGGAAGAAGUACUUCCUGGCAAGCAAGAAGUGUGAAUUCUUUCAAGCUUGGGUGUUGGACAAUGCGCACAGGAUUCGCAGGCUAGCUAUUGAGUUGUGGAACGAACACAGUAAAAGAGAGAGUGUAAGGAGCAGCAUGGAGAAAGACAAGACUGUUGUUGAGGAGAGCUUGAAGAAAGGGAAGCGUAAAGGGAAGAGUCAGUUAAUUGAAGAACUGAGCAAAUGAAUCCCUUUUGAACAUAUUGAUUUUUGUAAAUGUUUAUGAUGUAAUAGAAAUGUCAUGAAUAACUCACUGCAAAAUGUAGCUACUGAAAGGUCAUUACCGGUCCCAUCCUAAAGUUUGAAAUUAUGAUUUGGUAAAAAAACAAACAUUUGGUACAAUAAAAUAUAAGGAGGUAUCUUUUUUUUGUAUUUCAUAAUUUCUUGCAUCAUAUAUUGGAAAGAAUGUUUUAAAAGUUUAAAAGGUCUCUGCGUAAUUCACAGAAAAUGUCAUUUUAAGAAUGUAUUUUGACAAACUGCAGGUCUACUAAUAAGAUUAGCUUUUAUAAUAAAAUCAGAAUAUACUCAUGUACAACUUUUAAA